UCUCUCUAGUCCGUGUUCGGUCUCGUCGUCCACUCCCAACAACCCCCUCUACCAUUCCAAAGCUUCAUCACAUCUCCCAUGGCGUCCUCCUCCUCCUCCUCCUCCUCCUCCACUCGCUCCUGACCUCGAAACCCUAGAGAGAGAAAGGGAGAGAGAGAGUAUCGCCGGCGCUCCGGCCAUGGACAGCAACGCGUACACCCACUCGUCGUACCCGGACUCGGGCAACUCCUCGCCGCGCUCCCGCGACGUCGACCUCGAGACGGCCUCCUGGGACGACCCCGUGCCCAACAGCUACCGCGUCCGCUUCAUGUGCAGCUACGGCGGCCAGAUCCAGCCCCGCUCCCACGACAACCAGCUCGCCUACGUCGGCGGCGAGACCAAGAUCCUCGCCGUCGACCGCGGCGUCAAGUUCGCCCCCUUCAUGUCCAAGCUCUCCUCCCUCUGCGGCGCCGCCGCCCCCGAGCCCUGCUUCAAGUACCAGCUCCCCGGCGAGGACCUCGACGCCCUCAUCUCCGUCACCAACGACGAGGACCUCGAGCACAUGAUGCUGGAGUACGAUCGGCUGUGCCGCGCCUCCGCCAAGCCCGCGCGGCUCAGGCUCUUCCUCUUCCCGGAGACCGGCUCCGCUCCCGCCAGCUUCGCGGACGGCGAGGGUAAGGCCGGGAGCCAGUGGUUCGUGGACGCCCUCAAUUCGGUUCAGAUGCGGAGCCUCGAAGGUUCGCCGCCCCCGGAAUCGGCGGCGGCGGCGGCGGCCGUGGGGGCGCUGAAUCCGGACUUCCUGUUCGGCUUGGAGAAAGGAUUCCCGGCGAGGAAGCUGCAGGAUCCGCCGGCGGCGGCGGCGGCGGCGGCGGCGGCGGCUCUCGAUAGGGACGUUACGGCUGGAUCGGACUGCGGAUCGGAGGACCGGCACGUCAUCGGAGAGCCGGUGAUUUCACAAGCGGAGAUUCACCGCCAGAUUCAGGAGCUGCGGAGGAUGCAGAUAGCCGGACACGAGCAAGUUCAUAUGUUGAAUAGAAAAAUGGAGGACGCAAUUGUCAACCCUAGAGCUCCCGCCGGUGACUACUACGGACACCGACCGCCGGAGAAGGUAGCAUCGCCGGCUCCGGCGCCGGUGGGUUUUCCGGUUCCGAUGCAGAUUCCGGCGAAUUUCCCGUCGGAGCGCCACAUGACAAGCGGAACUUAUUCAAUUGGGGGAGCCGGAAAUGAGCAGCCAGUUUAUUAUAUACAGGCUCCAGCAGGCAACUACAUGGGGGCACCGCAGGGGAUGCGUCCGGGGACUGGACAACCCAGCCAGGGGCCUUUCUACGGAAUGCAGAGGGCGAUGCCGGAUAUCUUCCGGGAGCAGCCGGUGUACAAUGCAGUGCCACAGGCACCAAUUCAGCAGCAGCAGCAGCAGCAGCAGCAGCAGCCGCCAAAGCUCAUGGCUUAUAGCACAGAGGGAAUACAAGUGAUGCAGGCACAGCCAAAGGUCCACGUAGCUGAGCCGGGUUUCCCUCAGGUGCCUCAGGUGAUGUAUGAUGGGUCGGGCCGUCAGGUUUACUACACAGCCAUGCCAGGAUCAAUGGCGCCACCGUAUCAAGCAGCAGGUGACGGGAGGCAGGGCGGCGGCGCUGGGCCGGCGAAUCAGGAGGGCAAGGUUGUUGGAAGGGGUCCUCAGUCUUCUUCGAUAUGAUAGAAACUGCUGUCUAUAUUGGUGAAUUGAAUAUAUGUGAGCACCUUUGAAUAUUGAUUUAAUCGUCUCUGUCCAACGCGAGCUUGAUCUUCUCUUAUUUAAUUAGUUGGUGAGCGUUCUCUUCUCUGCUAUCAUGUUCUGGCCCAGCAGUGAAAUUGGAGUGCAUUAACUUGCAA